AUGGGUACUAAGCGUCGAGCAUCUGAGCUGGACCAUGAAGCGAAGAAGAUGAAGUCAGACGAUAGUAACGGCCAUGACAAAGUCUCACCCAGGGAUUGGGUGCAGACUACCCCAAGAACACGUAAAGUCUUGCCUCGUCAGCCAAUCACUGAUUUGGAUGACUUGCCUGAGGCGGCCCGCCAGCAAUUCGACUAUCUACUCCAAGCUAUUGGCGAUGCCUCCCCAGAGAUUUUGUACCAAGUCAAUCUUGCGGAUCAGAUCAACGCCAUCAAUUCAGAUGGUCCCUUCCCGCCGAUCUUCAAGUAUGCGCCGUCUCCCAUGAACAUCAUUGUUGGCCAUGAUAUGCACAGAAGUGAUGUCGUUCAUGACUGUGAGGAAACUGGCUGCGACAAAAUUGUUGCUACAGUUGUUCCCCUCCCCUACGCCAUCGGCUGUCUUGCGGUCGAGGUCAAGAAUCCCAAAAGAUACACCGCAGAUGGGUUAUGCCUUGCGUAUCUUGAAGAGAGACGUACAGGAUCAACAUUCAAAGCCAAGUCUUGGCAGAAGAACUACGGGUUGACAGUCCAGAGUCUUGCUAGAAAAGCCGCGCUUUCUCACAACCGAGAGGUUCUUGGCUGGUGGGUGCGUGAGAUCGCUCGUUCUGAAACCCCGUUGAGACCAUUCAAGGGAAAGGACGAGGCUAGACAACAGUUUCUUUCGGGUAAUGUGUAUGUUGGUGAAUUGACGGUCAGAGUUUCCGGAAUGUGA